AUGAAGCCAGAGGACGAAGCUGGCAUGAACCGAGUCCUGGAUACUCUUCAAAUCCCUCGUGGGUUCCCUCAAGCGACAGGCAUAGCCGAGGCAAAUCAUCCAUCAGCUGAGUCUCGAGCUCCUGUUGUUUCUGGCCAGUCUCCGUCGCAGAGUCCGCCUGCCAUUAGUUCCAAGGGACCAAACCCCCCGACUGAUUUGGCUGCCCCUGGCGUUUCCCCGGCUCAAGAUAAUGCUUCCAGCGGACACGUUCCCUCGCCGGAAGGUUGGAACCCCUUUGGAAUGGUCCGUGGUGGUUCUGAAAACCAGAACUUUGUUCAUUGGGGCUUCACACUGCCAACAGCUGAAAGUUUGGAUACGAUUUAUGCAAAUCUGCCGGGGGGACCCGGGGGCCCUGGAGCACCUGGCAUGGCGGGUAUGCCUCUAAAUACGAAUCUGAGUCCAGACAGCUACCAAAUUGGAAUGGGCAUGGUGCAACAGACGGGUAUUUUGCCAGGCCAGCUCCUGAACGAAGGAGAACAGGAAUCAGAAAGCGGAGAGGAGGACGAGGCAGAAAAUGAUGUUAUCGAGCAGUUGUCGUACCGAAUUGGAACUUUGAAGAUUGCAGGCGAUGGACAUCUUCGUUUCUACGGUGCGACCUCUAACCUCAAUCUGGUGGAUGUGUCCGCGACACAGCAGCGGCAGCGACCAGAUGCGCGAACAGUCCGCCAUGAUGGUCAGGAUAUUCUCAACCACCUUCGUGUUGGGCAACCGGUUGAUCAGGCUCUCGAGGAUCACCUCGUGGAAUUAUAUUUCACCUGGCAAAAUCCCAGUACUUAUGUUGUCGACAAAGACAUGUACAUGACGGCACGAUCUAAAUGGCGCAAUGAAUUUGAUGAUACUCCAUUCUACUCUGAAGUACUAACUAAUGCAAUGUGUGCGAUUGGGAGUGCUUUCGAAGCACGCUAUCAUCCGACUUUCAUCACGUUCCCAAAGUCUCUCUCUGAGUUUUUUGCAGACCGUGCCAAGGCUCUGUUGGAGAUCGAACUCGAUUCUCCCUGCGUGGCAACUGUCCAGGCCCUUGUAAUCAUGAGCUGUCACGAGGGUGCAUCGAACCGCGAUGCUCGAGGCUGGCUGUACAGCGGAAUGUCAAUGCGACUUGCCUUUGAUCUUGGUUUGCAUUUGGAUAUGACGGUUUAUGUCCAUAAGGGCGAUAUCACACAAGCCGAGGCCGACGUGCGCCGUGCAGCGUUUUGGGGAAGCUAUGUUGCAGACCAUUUCUGGGGCUUUUAUCUGGGACGUCCGUUCCGUAUGAAUGCGGGAGAUAUCAGCGUUCCGAAACCUGCUUCUGCUUUGGGCCCUGAAAAGGAAGAGAACUGGCACCCUUAUGGUCAUCAAGCUUCUGAUGCACUACUCCAAAAUGGACUGAAGAAUCCCACCGAGUUGAUAUGUAGGCAAUUUGUUGUACUAUGGGAAAUGAUUUCCCCAGUUGGCCAUAUAUUGUAUGGAUGCUCUGACAUCUCUCCGCAUGACUUGCAAAGAAUAUGCUACCAAGUGACUGAAGAUUUGUUUGCUUGGAAAGCGAACCUUCCUUCUAGCCUACAGAUUGAUUUGGACGACGAUACAACCCCACUAUUGCCUCACUUGAUGAUGCUCCACAUGCAAUACCAUCAAAUUAUCAUCUUCUUCCACCGCCCGUGGCUCUCGAAAAGCUACAUUCAACCCCGGGCACCCCGCCAAGGUCCCGGUUAUCACCACGCACGACGCAUGUGCGUCGAAUCGGCCACUGCCGUUGCCCGACUCCUCCACCUCUACGAGAAACAUUACACCUUCCGACGCAUGAAUAACCAAGUCGUGGCAAUAAUUUUCAGCGCGGCCCUCAUGCUCCUCUUCGUCACCGUCUCUGGUUCCCCAAUGAGCCCCGGCAAACAAGGCGAGAGCCCAACAUAUCCGCGCAGCACAGAGAUGGUAGCAUACCUUAAUCUAUGCUUCCGCGCCCUCGAUGAGCUGGGCCAAUCAUUUGACAACGCGAAGCGCACUCGCGACUAUCUCGUUACCCUACAACGACGCUGGCAAACACACAUGCGCCGCACGGGGUCGUCCACCAAGCGCCAGAUCAACGGUGCCAACGCGUCUUCCAUGUCAAAGCAGCCUUCUGUACAGCACGGCCGUGCUGUUAAUACAUCACUAGCGAUGGAUGGCUCCCGCAAGAAAUCCCGCCUCUCUUUUUCCGAUAUUCCUCCUCACAUGCAGUCUACUGCACCUUCUGCCCAACAACCUCAUCUCUCUCGUCAAACAUUGUCUCAGUAUAUGCAACAGCAACCCUCUAAUCAACAACAAGCCUUGCCCGUUUCCGCUCCCCAGCUAGGAAAUCUAGACUGGGUUCACAAUUCUGAUAUGCGGCUUCUGUCCGAGACUCAGAAUGCUAAUGCUGCCAAUGGAAUGGGGCAAAUCCCUUCGCCGCCAUUCCCCGAGGAGUCUAAGAUUCUUGCUGACCUGGGAGAUAUGGACUCAUGGUGGGGCUCUCCUAAUGGUGCUUCUGGUCUUGGAGGACCGUCCAUGUAA